CACACCUUUAAUUUUUUUCUUAUCUACUUCUUUACUCAAAGACAGUCGUUUUUUUCUUCUUUUAUUCUCAUCAAGAACCCAUGGUUUCCUCUCUGCUUCAUCCUAGUUUACCUGCACCGCCUCAGGCAGCCUUGAUUUCUGCUAACAAAUGUCCGGUCCCGUCUCAGGGCCAUCAAGAAAAAUGCUGUCUUGUUAUUUCUUGCAGGAGUGAACCUGAGCAUGCCAAGCUGGACAAGAAUGGCGGUCGAGGUUUGUCAUUCUCGAGGGUAUCUAUGCAGGGUGUGUUUCACAAGUCUGUGGUUCCUCUGGCUGCUUCGAUUGCAGUCUUGGUUGGGGCUAAUCCAGCUCAUGCUGGACUGCUCUCGGGCUUCCCGGGAAUCGAAUCAGUUCCUGGCCCUCAACUACCUCAGGUCGACUUCCUGAACCGUUUCAAUGAGGAAAAUCAGAAGAUGUACGCUGAGAAUGAUGCAAGGUUUAAAGACUCUCCCCUAUUGAAAAAGUUGCUCGAGCGAAGCAAGUUGAACAAGGAGAAAAACAAACAAGAAAUUAUGGACAAGUACUGCCUUCGCGGCGCUGAAUGGGGAGUCGGAGACUGUUCGACUGAGGGCAUGUCUCCUGAUGAGAGGGACAAGUUUAUUGCAAUGCUGAAGCAGAAGGCUGGGGUCCAAUAAUCGGAUCUGUCGUAGAUCAGGUUCAUUCACAUAUUAAAGUACUCCAAGCUGCCCCCGGCGAAAUUGAAGGUUGCAAGAUUGCUUCUUAUCACCCAAUUUGUGAUCGUCACGACGUCGUUUUUAGAUUGUAAAUGUCUUCCUGCUGAAGCAUGGUGAUGAUGAGCAAAAUCUGAAUUACUUUUGAGCAGACACGGAACCACUUUUUCUUUUAA